CCCUGACCAAAACGGACCAGAGUCUCCGGCCACGAAGAGAGACAGGGAGAGAGACCUCGUCAAGAGUCAAGACCUCACCUGUACGUCCAUCUCCUGAUCUCCCUCGCCCGCGCGCGCGCCCGCCAACUCCCCACCAAACGCCCGCAAAAACUCCACCAUUUCAUCCCCCAAGCGCCGCUUUGCCCCGGCCCGCACUCUCACCACCCACCACCACCUGUUCAACUAGUCGCUCGCUCACAUUCACCGCACACUUGCGCACUUCUACUCUAAGUAGGAGUACAACGCAUCAACUGCUGCACAACCCGAAAGAAUCAAUGGCCAUGGCGCUGCUUCUCGGGCUCGGGCUCGGGCUCGCGCUGCUCCUCCUGCUCGCGCCAUCAACAACAUCCGCGGCGAGCUGCGCGGCCGGCGGCCUUUCCGCGGGCAGCCGCACCUACGCGGCCUGCAGCGACCUGCCGCGCCUGGGCGCGUCACUCCGCUGGACGUACGACCGCGCCACGGGGGACCUCUCCGUCUCCUUCGCCGCGGCCCCCGCCGGCCCGGGCGGCUGGGUGGCCUGGGGGCUCAACCCGUCCGGCUCCGGCAUGGCCGGGACGCAGGCCCUCCUCGCCGCCCCUUCCUCCUCCUCGGGCUCGGCCCAGUGGGCCGUCAAGACGUACAACAUCUCCGCCUACGCGCUCCCGGGGCCCGGCCCGAUCGCGUUCCCGGCGUCGGACCUGGCCGCGCAGCUCGGCGCCGACGGGAAGGUCACGGUCUCCGCCACGCUCAAGGUGGGCCCCGGCGCGGGCGUGCUGAACCAGGUCUGGCAGGUGGGGUCCUCCGUGUCAGGCGGGACCCCCGCGCCGCACGCCAUGGGCGGCGACAACCUCGGCGCCAAGGCCAAGCUCGACCUGCUCAGGCAGACCACCUCCGCCGCCUCCGGCUCCAACUCCGGCAACAGCCUCGCCAUGAAGCGCAAUAUUCAUGGAGUGCUCAAUGCCGUGGGCUGGGGGAUUUUGCUGCCCAUGGGGGCCAUCUUCGCGAGGUACCUCAAGGCGUUCAGGUCGGCUGACCCCGCGUGGUUCUACCUCCACGUCGCCUGCCAGCUGACCGGCUACGCCGUCGGAGUCUCCGGCUGGGCCACCGGCAUCAACCUCGGCAACGAGUCCGUGGGAGUCACCUACGCUCUCCACCGCAACAUCGGCAUCGCUGCCUUCGCUCUAGCCACCCUUCAAAUUUUUGCUCUCUUCGUGAGGCCGAAGAAGGAGCACAAGUACCGGGUGUACUGGAACAUGUACCACCACUCGGUUGGCUACGCCGUCAUCAUCCUUGGCAUCACCAACAUCUUCAAAGGCAUGGCCAUCCUCGGUGUCGAGCAGCGGUGGAGGACGGCUUACGUGGCCGCUGUCUUAGUCCUCGGCGUCGCCGCUGCGACCCUGGAGAUUGUCACGUGGAGCGUGGCCGUCAGUCGGCGCAAGGCCGAGAGCAAGACCUUCAGCAGCGCCUCCAAUGGGCACCCCAUUUGAGAUUAUCGUUAUGCUCUGGCAUCUAUCCGUCGUCCCUGCUUGUUAUAGGUCUAGUGGGUUUUGUGAUUUUGGCGCGCCUAUUUUUGUACCGUGAGUAUGUGUAUAUGCGUAUGUACAUUGGAAUGUAGAUUGACAUGUAGCGAGCAUGUGUUUGCGAAGGCUUUGUUUGCAGGUUUGCGAGAUGUGUUCCAUCAACAUUCAGGUCAGUUUGAUCUGUACUGUUCUUCUUGGAGAGCUUUUACAGACCAGUUGCCGCCGGAGCUCUGAAGUCUGAACAUUGCCAAUCACGGCGUUGAGCUGAGGCCACCUUUUUUUGCGUAAGUCGGGCGAUCUGCUCCCGGUGGAUCAUGGUUGGUGAAGUACAACUUAGAAAGGAAGAUAUGGGAGCCGCAGGAAAAGACCAUACUGUGUUGCUGUCUGAACUGCAUACGCGCUGAUUUCUUCCGUUUCCGAGGCAUUGGAUCAAAACCUUUUCUUCCUCCUUGUAAGGAAAGACCCGAGCCAUUUUUGACAGGGCGAGCGGCUCGAAGUGCAAUUUCAAAAGCUACUUUCGAUCGGACAGCAUUGGAAUUCUAGGUAAAAAAAUGUACUGCCACUGGACCCUGCUCAUUUUGAUCAGCACCGCUGAGGACAGUGCAAAGGAGGGAUGCUCUUGCUCUAUCCAGAAAGUAAUGGCAUGAUUAAGGUCGUAUACCAUUAU